AUGGACAAGAACAGAAAGAGUUACAAAGACAGCAAGCAAAUGAGUGACUAUGACAGCAACAAAAUGAGCGACUAUCGCAGCAUAUUCAACCAAAAUAUGUUUGGCUUUCUCUCCUUCAUACUCGUCCUGUGUUUUGGAUGUGCAUGCAGAAAAGAGUUUCUCAGAUUAAACAAAGACACAAUGACCAACUUCAAGGGUCAAGUAAACACAUUAAGUGAAGAGAUUCUCAGAUUAAACAAAGUCCUGAACUCCCUGCAACCGGUGGCGGACACUAUGCCCAACUUCGCUCUGGAGAGUCAACAGGCAAGAGUUUUACUUGAUCAGUCUUCACAAACGUACUCCAAACGAAGAAGCUGCGCCUAUCUUUUUGGAAUGUUUUGUAAACGACCUGUACACCCAAGGACAGUCCUUCAGGGAGGCUCACCCCCGGCUGUAGGACGGUGCUGGCCCUUUGAAGGUGGGCGGGGGCAUUUAUUCAUCGCCCUGUCACACCCAGUCUACAUCAGCCAUGUGACACUAGGUCACAUUUCAAAGAACUUGUCCCCAACUGGCAUCAUUCCUAGCGCCCCAAAGACGUUUUCUGUCUAUGGCAUGAAUACUUUAGAUGACAAAGGAACCUAUCUAGGAACCUUUCUGUAUGAUCAGGACGGGGACGCAACACAAACUUUUGAGCUACCUGAUCAUGGAAAAGUUGUCUUCAAAUACGUGAAACUACAAGUUGAGAGCAACUGGGGUCACCCCGACUACACCUGUCUGUACAACUUCAGAGUUCACGGAAAGCUGGCAGAAGUUACAGUUUUCUAG